UGGUAAUGUUUUCCAUGGAAAUUGGCGAAGCCCCGAAGGGAACAGUAGGAGCAGUAAACGAAGGUGAGGCUGGCCAUACAAAACUGGAGGACAUGAUUCGCGAAUUAUCUGGAACGCUGACCAGUAUCAAACACGAACAGGAUUACAUGCAUGUACGAGAUCGGAUUCAUCGAUCGAUCAACGAAAGCACCAAUGCUCGUGUGGUGAUGUGGUCUUUCUUCGAGGCAAUCGUUCUUAUAGUUAUGACUGUUGGUCAGGUUUACUAUCUUAAGCGGUUCUUUGAGGUAAAACGUGUGGUUUGAAUUGGAUAUGAAAUAAAUUCGUAAUGCGUUAUAAGCAUACUCUGGAAAAAAUGUACAUCUGCACUCGGAGGAUUUAUUGUGUUUCUCUUUUCCACAGGACCAUGAUUUAAAAUCCUAAAUUAAGGUAUUAGGAAGGCGAAGGGGGGAGGGGGAAGCACUUCUAAAAUUAUGACGAAAUCUUUAAUGUUGAAAUUCACCCCCUCCUUCCUUAAUAGCUUAAUUUAUGCUUUAAAACUGUGUCCCUAUGAAAAAGAUAAUUUUGACAAAUCUUCCCGGGGGGAGGGGGGCGGAUCUAACUCGAGUACUUUUCGAGAGACGCCGGAUCACAGAACUUGCCUAUCGAGCGCAUGGCAAGCUGUCACAUAAGUCGUGUGAUGGACUGUUGGAUUAUAGUGCUACAUCAUCUGAAAUUGGUGAAAUAGAACUUUGCUGCUCUAGAAAAGUGGAUUUCAUUGGAAGGGCAACACUGAAGUAAGCCUUUACUUUAAGGAGCUCUGGUUUUUUAGGCUUGGAACAUUCCUAAUCCAAAAUCAUUCAUGUUUUUGAUUGGCAUUUGUUUGCCUGGGAUCGUGAUCUUCGCUGUUAACGUUGUGUGGUGAUAUACGUCAGCUAUCGUGAUUAGGUGUUUUUCUUAAAGAAUUAUGGUGAAUAAGAUAGACGGAUUUGAACGAGAAACUGCGGCGGAUAAGAAGCGUCGUAAGACAACAUCUACUGAUUUGUCUGAAGGAUCUGCAUCUUUAGUCACAGUGGGCAAAGAUGAUGUAUACAUGAAUACGAUUGCUUUUGAAAAGCAGGAAGCAAAUAAUCGUUCGUCCGUGAACGACAUGCAUAUUUUCAAUGCUGUAAGUGCCGAACUGAAGGAUCUUUUCUCGGAGGUUGCCGGACUGAAAAUGGAAAAAACUGAAGAAACCACUUCUCAAAUAAGAGAAAAACGUGUCAAUGGGUCGCUUGCAUUGGUGUUACUAAAAAAAUUAAACCGACUGGAUAAAGUUCGCAUUCGAGAUGGGCGGACUGCUUUGCACCAAGAGAAAUUACGAGUGGAUAGCAAUCGUCUGCAGUUGCAAAAUCUUCUAUACGAAGAAGAACAUUUAAAAAGAGAAAUUCAGCAAUGCUAUCUCUUUAAAAGCCAGGAUGAAGAGAUAGAUCUUGUUCCAGAGUAUGAGUUUUAUCAAAACGCACCAGAGGCGGUUUCUCGACCAACAAAGACUCAAUAUGAUGAUCACGCAAAGCGAAUAGCUCGUCUGGAAUGGGAGCUACAGCAACGCAAAGAGCUGGAUUCUCAUUUAAAAGAGUUGCAAACUUUGAAAGAAACCAUAGAGAAUGAUAUUGUUGCCAAAUCCACACGCCUUCACUCCCUUGGUCCACGUUUGCGUGAAUUAAUUGUAGCCACAAGACCAUUACAGGAAGCACUCCAGAUGCCAUUUGAAAAAGGUUGGGAAAUACAGAAAACUGUCCGGCUAUUGGCUCCGCCUCUAUACCUAUUGUAUACAAAUAUGAUCGCCUACAGUGAGACAUGCGACAAUCUGCUAUCAACAAUGAUUCAUGGUGACGAAGAGGAAGCCAAGCAAAUGGAGUCAUUGCUUCAGUUUGAAUUUAGCAGUCACCACCGAAUCGACUCCUGCAACAAUCGUGACCGAGCCGAUUCCGAUAAUGAUGAAAACGACCAGGAUCCGGAGAGGGGAGUGAAAAAGCGCCAUCGUGGCCAACCGAAAACCAACCUAGCAGAACAAAGACGAGAAAACCUAUUAACUGUACACCCGUUAUGUGUGACAGUAACAGUGCGUGCAAAAGCGGGGAUCUUUUCUGUUUCUGAGAAACUCCCUGGACUUGCCAUCACGUUUUAUUAUCUGCCCAAUAUUGAUAUUGUUACAAUUAACUGUUCGCUCACUGAUUUGACAAUUGCUGGAACUGCCACAGGCGAUAUUCUAUCGAUGGAUACAAUACUAAGCGAGUUAUUUUCCAACGAUACCGGUUUAGAAAGCCCUAAUCCCAAGACAAACUAUCAGCUUAAUGAAAUAAUAGAAGACGCGGAUCUGUUUAUUACUCUUUUGAAAGAAAGGGGAUUGGGUAAACCGUAUCGUUGGGCACAAGAACUCUGUGGCUUAGAAUUUAUAUCCGCUCCAAACAACAGAUCACUUACGCAAUCUUCUGGAACACUCUUAAAAACAGAUUAUAGCAAAAAAACAAUACCUUCAAUUUUACGAAAAAUUCGCACGCGAUGGGAAGCGCGGAUUCAACUUUACAAACAAAUUUACGAGUUGGAAAGCAAAUUGAUUGAUACUUCUAUAAACAAUGAGCAUGACCAUCCAAUACGCAUAUCCAGCACCCUUCUCCAGUGGAUUUCUAUAUCCUUCGAAGAUUACCUUGCAUCAGGCGUUUCUUUAAAGUUCUUGGAAGAUGGAAUAGCAUUUGCUAGAGAUUUAUUCUUUAGAGCAAUUGUAGUAAGAGGAUCGGCGAAACUGGAAAGCUACAUUUGCAUUCCCUGCUGCUACCCUGAAACGUCACCAAUUUGGUCUUUUUCGCUAAACUGGAACGGUAAGCACACUGCUGUUCGCGACAGUUCUGUACGGGAAAUGGAAUACUGGUGCAACAGUACAUCUACUAUCGACAAUAUGCCAUUGAUGUUACCGACGCAGCUAAAACGCGCCAUGUCAUGUUUGGAUAUUUAUCUAGAAACCGAAGGGCCAUAUUACACACCUGGUGAAUUUAAACAUGAUAAGAGCUUUCUUAAGCCCUUCCGAGGUCGACCUCGAGCGAGACCUUUCCGUAUCGCACCGAAUGGAAGCAAUUCGUUAUUUACGCAAAUCUAACCAUCACUUUUUUUAAAUUUUUGUUUUAAGUAAUAAUAUAGAUAUUGUAAAACAUUGGA